AUGACGAAGAAAGAAACCACGAUCUCAGACCCUGAAGGUAUUCUGGCUGCUUGGAACAGAGCUACCAUCGAAUUCAAGCUCUGUCCCAACCGAGUGUGGGCAGUGGGCAAAGAAAGCCUCCCCGCCCUGCUUCCCCCCAGCGGCACGCAGCUGCCCCGCCAUGACGCUCAUGGGCUAUGCACGGUUGAUUUCUGUGAGCACUCACAACGCGACUUCACCGGGGUGAGCCAGCGACACGAGUGCGGGAGAAACGAUGGCGAAGAAGACAGUUGCCGACGGCUCGAGGGCUUGUUCUGGGAAGGGGCUCUCGCAAAGGCCGCAAUAGCCGGAAGGUCGACGGUAUGGGCUCUCAACGGGAAAGCUCUCCUUGAGGGCCAUACAUGGCGAUUUCACACGUCUGGUCUGACGGGACGGGCGCCGGGGCGUGGCCCCAGGCGGAUUGCAAAGGAUUUCCAUUGCGAGGGGUUGUGGUGGGAUACGAUCUGCAUCCCGCGGGAGAAAGCUGCUCGGGCUCAGGCCAUUAGGAGGAUCCAGAAAAAUUAUCAGGAUGCUCGGAUUACACUGGUGCAUGACUGUUUCCUGCGCAACUGGGAGUGGCGGGACGGGUGCGAGGAAGCGGCGUGUUUUGCUAUUCUGAUGUCGCCGUGGUUCAGCCGGGCAUGGACUGCGCUGGAACUUGCAAAAUCGCGUAGGGUGAAGAUCAUAUUUCGUGGGCAGCAAGUUGAAGGUGGUCGGCCGCUCAUUGUUAAGGACCUUGACGAGGAGAUCCUUGCUCGUGAUGCGGAAAGAGCAUCUGGCCCGCAUGGAGAGGUGACCCGAAUAAUUCGCGCGUUCCGGAAUGGAGUGACAACCGUGGAUGAUUUGCUGAUUGCACUGGGACACAGGUACACAUCGUGGCCGAAGGACCGGGCGAUUGUUUCUGGACUGCUGGUGGGGGUUGAUGUUGUGCCUAUUCCACCAAAGCACGAUGUCUGGCAGCAGGACAUCUAUGAGGCAAUUCUAAAGAAAAUAGGCAAGGUGGCACACGCACACCUUUUCCACAAUAAGGCCACCAUGCCCAAGGCCUGCUGGUGUCCGACUAGUUUGUUCAGCAUGCCUGAAGCCGGCGCCAAAGCAUCCUUACGCAUCACGGAGGAACUGGACUUGAUUGGAACUUGGACGCUCGUCCCCGCAGAUUAUCUUCCAAAAGACCGCUUUGUUUGGGGUCCGGUACAUCCAUUGAUCAAGAAGACAAUGGAAAUAUGUCUUCUGAAUCCCGAGAAGUGCCUUCUCCUCGCCGAGCCUGGUCGAAUUGUUGUGGAACGGGCCCUCCUGGUCAAAGCCAUGGUGAAGAGACACAGUCCAGCGAUUCUCUGCUACAAAUAUAUUGGAGCAGUAUAUUUGCACCCACCAAUGUCAAUGGAGGCCGUCUGUGUAGACUCCAACGGGGCACGAAAGAUGGAGGUGAUCUUGCUGGGCAAUCCGGACGAGGCAGCGGAGCCAGAGCACGACUGGAAGCACUUACAGACGCAUCGUUUGGCAGAUGACAUUGCAAGCGAUAUUGGGGAAUUCUAUUUCAACAACCCUCAUGUCACAGACUCUGGCACGCCAAACAACUGGACGACUGCGCUGAUGGGCGAUGACGAGCAUGCUAAGGUGUUCCUAAAUGCAGUUCAACCUCUUGACAGAGAGCCGGUCUCGCAAAGAACGCCCUUACAUUACGCGGUCUGGAGAGGAUACAGCGACACUGUCCGCCAUCUUGCUAGCAGUACCAACCUGGAUGCACUGGACAGGCUGCGCCAGAACCCCUUACACAUUGCCGCUGAGCGUGGAGACCCGGGGAUAGUUUCACAAUUGCUCGCUGUAGCCCACAAUGUGAAUAAGACAAUGGGGUUGCUUGCUGCUAGGGGAUACAAAGGGCAGAUUCCAUUGCAUUACGCGGCCCGUGCAGAUGCUGCUGGCAUUGCCAAACUAUUGAUUGAGAAAGGGGCUGAUGUGAAUGCAGAAGAUAAUGACAGAUUCACGCCACUCCAUCUUGCUGCUGAAAUUGGGUCUCAGAGUAUCUGUGCUCUAUUACUGCAGACAGGCAAAGUGGAUAUAGAUGCAAAUUCGAAGAAUGGAUGGUCUCCACUCCACCUUGCACUCAUGGGCCAGCGCAGUUUAGUCACAGAGUGGCUUAUUCGCAAAGGCGCCAAUACUCAAGCGCAAGACCGUCUUGGCUGGAGCUCAUUGCAUUAUGCAGCGGAGACCGGUUCCGCGCAAGCUGCCGCACUGCUACUCCAACAUGGUGCAGAGGUGAACAGUCACGAUGAGUACAUUGGCUGGACGCCGUUGCACUUCGCAGCUAUUAUGGGGUGGCAGGAAGUGGUGGAACUGCUACUUUGUAAUGGUGCUCAUGCUGAUCUAAAAGACAAAGACGGCUGGACGCCCCUGCAGUUUGCGAUGCUGCAGGGAUACAAUUCCAUAUCUCAACUACUUGUUCAGCAUGGUGCCGACGCCCGCGAAAUCUCCCCCGAUGCCAUUGUUACCUGGACGCCACUAAAUCUCACAGCACUAGACACUGAGCAAGGCCUGAUUAAGCUGCUGCUGGAGGAUAGUAGCAAAGCAGACCGCAACAGUGCAGGUGGGAGGGACGGCACACCACUACACUGGGUCGCCCAGACUGGUCAAUACAAGGCGGCCAAGGUGCUUUGGUCCGGGCCCCUGUUGGUAAAUGCAGACACUCACUUAACAAUGGCAGAUAGCAGGUCCGCGUUACAUUGCGCUGCUGAAGGCGGGCAUACUGAGGUUGUAAAACUCUUCAUUGAUGUGGGCUUUGAUGUGAAUGCAGAAGACCGAUGGGGGAGGACAGUCAUACACUUUGCGGCAAGAGGCGGCGAUGUGCCCACGCUUCGCCUGCUCCUCGAUGCAGGGGCACAGCCAAAUCAGCCAUUUGGGUUAGAAGAUUACUGGCCGCCGCUGGUAAUGGCUGCGCGUUACGGGCACAGAGAGGUGGCGCAGAUACUCAUCAACAAAGGUGCAGAUGUUAAUGGAACACCUCCAUUUACGCACCACGCCCUUGCAGAGGCUGCACUGUACGGGCAUGAGGAUAUGGUCGCGCUGCUCUUUGCAAAUGGUGCCUCAGCACAUGUCUUGUCCUACUUCGGGCAGACAGCGUUAUAUUGCGCUAUCAAAGGCGGACAUGUGGCUGUGGCUAGCUUACUGCUUGGUCAGGGCGCGUUUGUGGACGUCCCCUCCACCACGGACGAUAAAGAAGACUCAUGGACACCGCUGCACUUGGCAGCCUCUGUGGGGAAUGUAGAGCUCGUGCGGUUGCUCGUGGAGAAAGGUGCUGAUUCAAGCAUAACAGACUGGAAGGAUAGGUCGCCACUUGACGUCGCUGAGAGAUACGGCCAUACGGAAGUGGCCAACAUGCUCAGGAACCGGGGGUGA